UCACUCUUGUUUUAUUUUUGUCAUCUCUCUUUAUAUUUCCUUCUAACUGUUGUUAUUUUUCUUCACUUAAACUCCCUCUUUUUUUCCCCUAGAAAUUAAAGAUAGAAGAAAGAAAAUGGCAGGAGAUAAGAGAAACAAAAGGCCAUUUGAAGAACCAAGUGAGAAAAUCUAUUUAAAUCUCAAAAUUAAAUCUCAGGAUGGUACAUUUAUGUACUUCAGAGUGAAGCCUACUUCAAUGAUGAAGCCAUUAUUCGAGUCAUACUCUGAGAGAAAGCAAAUAAUAAAUUACAAAGCGGUUCGAUUUCUCUACGAUGGCAAGCGCAUUUCGCCGAGAAAUACUGUAAAUCAAGAUGAUACAAUUCUUCAUUUCAGAGUGAAUCCCAGUACAGUUAUGGGAGAUAUUCGAGUUAUAGUAUUUCGAUUUUUCAUAGAUGGCAAACGUCUAUCCUCGAAAAAGACCGUAAAUGAAGUAAGACUUAAAGAUGGUGAUGAAAUUCAUGCUAUGCUCCAUCAAGAUGGAGGAGGACCCACACGUAACCACUAA